CGUUAAUUUCACCAGUUGGCGUACCAUGUAGCCCCGCGACACUUUACCUAAAUAAAUACUUUAUUUAUUCCCUUUAUCUGUACUUGGUUCAGUUGUACCUUUGUAGUAAUUUAUUUCAGAUCGCUCAAAAGAUCCAUUUCAAUUUCUGGAUCUCCACCCAGAUUUGGCAACACCACAGACGUUUCCAAUGAAAUCUCGCGAGAAUCUUUCGAAAACGUGUUCGUGACUUUUAAUUAAAAAAGUCUUAUGAAACAAUAAAGAUAAUUUAAUUUUAAGUUUUUAACAACGUGCAAUAUUACUUAAAUUUCAAAGUUUGCUACUAACAUAUUUAUCUCUUUUUUAUGAGCUUCCUGAUAAUGCGGAAGUGACGUACGUACGUGAACGCUAGACCAGAAGCAAAACACGCCCAUGUGAGACCUGCAUGGUGUCUAGAGAAACUUGAGCUGGCUUUCAACAAACUUCUCUGAGCACGUGAGGUGGCUGGUGGACCUGGCGAUAUGAACGAAUCGGAGCGGUAUCCUCCGCCGGACUUCGGCUAUCCUCCGCCGAGCUCCGUUCAGCCCUUCCAGCCACAACAGCCGCCCCGGUCCAGCAGCUUCCACCCCAGCAUGUGGAGCUGGACGGAAACGUCGUCAGCGCCCACCUGGAAUUACGGCGUCAGUCCGGGCUGGUAUCAUUGGGAAGCGGUGGGACCAGGUUAUGGCUUUCCAUCGGGCCAUGGAAACUAUGGACACAAACGUCCGUUUACUCAAAACUUUGGUCAUGAAUGGCAUCAAGGUGGACAUCCAAGAGGAAAGCACAACUAUGGACCUCCGAACCAACAAGGCAGAAAGCAGAAAAUGAAAAAGGAACCAGAGUAUUCCCACUACUGUGACACCUGCGACCGAGGCUUCAAAGACCAGGAAAAGUAUGACGAACAUGUUUCUCAGCAUGUCAAGUGUUCGGUGGCCGACUGCAGCUUCAUGGCUCAUGAAAAACUGGUCUCCAUCCACUGGAAAAAUAACCAUGCACCGGGCGCUAAAAGAAUCAAGCUGGACACACCGGAGGAGAUUGCUAGGUGGAGAGAAGAGAGACGCAAAAACUAUCCAACGCUUCAAAACAUUGAGAAGAAGAAAAAAGUCCUGGAGGUGCGGGAGGAGACGGGAGGUGUUCUAGAAACAGCUCAGUUUGGACGAAUGAGAGGCAGAGGCAGAGGUAGAGGCAGAGGCAGAGGUCGUGGGUGGAAUAACAGAGGAUUCCACGGGCGACACCCACAGGGUCCCUACCCGUCAGGCAACAGAGCUCCAGAGACAACCAGAUCUCUCCACCAGCCGUCCAGGACCGGGGACCCGCUGGGAGUUCUUGCCAGCAGUGACCAUGAUUCUGAUAAAGAAGACCCGGCUGGUGAAUCCAGGACUGGUGGUCUGGUUGUGGCCCCCAAACAGCUGAGCUCAGCCCUAGGCUCCUUAAUGGCCAGCUAUGGCUCCAUGAGUGAGAGUGAAAGCGACGAAGGACCAGAAGCCACCCCCAUUCAGAGAGCCCAAGAACUGGUCCAGGAAAACCAGGCCAUCCUGAACAGGAUACCAGCCCACGCUGAUGGAACCUUUAGAGCCGCGGAAACAUCCACAGAGGUCGUAGAGCCUCCCAGCAUGGCCCAUCCUAACCCUGCCCCCAACAGGUGGAACAACAGAAGAGACAGAAGGGGUCGAGGACAAAGACACCAAGACACAGCGCAGACACGUCGCCCCACCUUACUGGAAAUGUUACUGGCCCCAGAUAUCCGCCAUGAGAGGAAUGUCCUCCUGCAGUGUGUACGCUAUGUUGUCCGCAACCACUUCUUUGGGCUGGAGACUGGACCUCGGGACCAAGACGAGAUGAAGGACAAAAACAACCCGGCUAUCACGCGUACAGAGGACGAGCAGACUGAGCAAGGGACAUCAAACGUCAGCUGUUCGCCCCCGUCGGCAGAGGGGUGUCCAGCAGAGGGCAGCACUGAGGAUGGAAGUCUGGAGCUUUUAGAGGGUUCACAGAGGGGCCCUGGAGAUCCUGCUGCAGAGUCGACAUUCAGUGUUAAAGAUGAGCAUUUAAUCAAAGACCACAACCAUCAUGAUCAGACCACCGAAGAGAAAAUCCCGUCUAAUUUGUACGAUGAUGAGAUAUGGGAAUGUGAUGGAGGGGGUGGGGAUUACUCCACAUCUUUAACAGACAUGUGACUGGUCAGACCUGUUCGUAGAAAUGUUCAUUCCUUUUUGUUAAGAUGGGCCUGUGAGGUAAAAUAAUUGGUUUUUGUUUAGUUUUUGUGAAAUGAAUAAAUCUGAACUGAUGCGUGAA